GUGAUUGGACCUGAGCUAAGCAGGAAAGAGAAGCGUCUGGGAGCAGGGGGAUGGACUGACCCAUUGCUCCUGCUGCUCCUGCUACUACCACCGCCCGCAGCUGCCGGUUCCGUAAGCCGGGGCCUUAGGGUUUCUGUUCCUGGGGACACCAGGGCAGCGGUCCCAGGGCUGGCACCAUCCCUUACAGCAUGGCUUCUAGGCAGGUGAACCGGGUUCGAGCCCCAUCAUCUACUGCAGAGGAACAGGUGGCCCGAGAGACUGAAGAGGUUUUCCGAAGCUAUGUCUACUACCGCCACCAACAAGAGCAGGAAACUGAGGGAGAAGCUGUCCCUGCAGACCCAGAGAUGGAUACCCUACCCCAAGAGCUCAGCAGCACCACCGAGCAGGUGGGCCGACAGCUUGCCGUCAUCGGGGAUGACAUCAGUCGUAGGUAUGACUCAGAAUUCAAGGCCAUGCUGCAGCAUUUGCAGCCCACCCCCGACACUGCCUAUGAGUACUUCACCAAGAUCGCCUCCAGCCUGUUUGAGAGCGGCAUCAACUGGGGCCGAGUGGUGGCCCUGCUGGGCUUUGGCUACCGGUUGGCACUACAUGUUUAUCAGCGGGGCCUGACCGGCUUCCUGGGCCGAGUGGCUCACUUUGUGGCUGAUUUCAUGCUCCAUCACUGCAUUGCCCGCUGGAUUGCCCAGAAUGGGGGCUGGGUGGCAGCCCUGAACCUCACCAACAACUCUAUCUUGUACGUGGUGACAGUCUUGGGUGUGGUCCUCUUUGUUCGCUUCUUGAUCCGAAGAUUCUUCCAACCUUGACUCCAGGAGGGGGAGGCAUUUGUGAAGACACAAGGCCUGAGCCUCCCCCAUCAAUCCUCUUUUGGGCCUAUCCAAUUCCUCCUCCAGGAUGAAAAGGGUCAGGCCCUCUGCUAGCCUCUAUGACAAACAAAUGGGAUGGUGGUUACUUCAAGUCCCCUGACAUCUUCAUAGGAGCCAGGGGUAGCUCUUAUUGGUGCUAACAGGUCCUUCUCUUUUCGAUCCAUCAUCAUGUCAGAGAAGAGGCCACAGCUGUGUGAGUGUAGCUUCUACCCCCUCCUCAAAACAUACAUGCACACACAACUUCUUGAUUCAUCUGGAGGCAGGUGGGUUAAAACCACUAAUCCCUGAGAAGAGGGUUUUUUUUUUUGUAUUUUAGUUUAGUUUAGGUUUUUUUAUAUUUGCUUAGAUUGCUUAUUUGCUUACCUUUCCCCUCUCUGUUUGGGGGGUAGGGUGGGGCAGAGGCAUUAUGUCAGCCAAUAGUCAAUAGUUAUCAAGAACAGAUGCUAAUUGGAAACUCCCCACCAAGAACAUGAAAAUCAGGGUUAGAAUGUGGAAUAUUAGAGCUGGAAUCUUUUGUGACCAUCUAGUCCCAAUUCCCUCAUUUUCCAAAGUGAAAAAUAGAGGCUUAGAGAAGAAAAUGAAUUGAUUUAAUCAUGUGAAUUAGUGGCAGAACUUAGAUAUAUUUUAUAGGUUGGUUAAAAUUGGAAGAUACCUUGGAAUUGAUUUAAUCUAACCUCAUUUUAUUGAGGAGGAAACUGAGGCAUAAAAGAUGGGAAGUCACUUAUUCCCGUAAUAAGUUUAAUGUCAGUGCCAGGGCUAGAUUCAAAGACUCAAAGGGGCAGAGCUGAAAUACCAUAGAGACUAUCCAAUCCAUUCUCUUCAUUUUACAGAGAGUAAAACUGAGGCUCAGAAUGGCAACCUGAAGCUACUGCUUCCCUUCCCAACUCUGAUGAGGCUGCCUUUGUAGCCCUUAUCUCAGGUUUCUUUGGCCUGUGGGGACUCUACCUCUCCUUACUUCCCCAAAAGGAGACCCCAGGGUCUAGCUUGCUUACUUGGCAACCCUUCACCUAGCUUGUUCCAACCCUCACUUCUCAUAGUUCCGUUAACUAGCCUAUUCCCCCAUUCUGACCUUGACCCAAGUCCUGCUUCAGUCCCUGAAUUGCCUUAUAUUUUCCCUUCUACCCCACACCUCUAUAUUUGCUUAAAAUAGAGGAUGUCAUGUAGGCUGCCUGGGCCAAAGAAUGGGGAGGGAGUUCAGCCUUGACCCUGUUUCUAUACAUCUAUGGAAGGUGGGCCUGUACACUAAUAUGCAAUUUGUGGGGUACUCUUUCAACCCCCAAACAAGAGCCAGAUGGGCAGUGUAAUUAUCUGGGGUAGGGAUAAAAGACACCGAAAACUCAACCCUGCUCCCCAAUGAUUCUGAACUGCCUGCCAUUUCGGUGGCCUUGAGGAGCACCUUAAGGUGAUUUCAUAAUAAAUGUGCAAUCCCACAA